AUGGGGCGGGAUGAUAUUAAGCAUGAAGGAAACUCAAAAAGCAGCCGAGAGAGUAGUGCGAGGCGGCGUUGUAGUCACUCGCGUGAUGCUCAUCGUGCCUACCGGUGCAAACACAGGGUCUACAUUCAAGACAGAGCUUUCAGUGUAGAGAUUUGGGAUGAAAGGGAACCUGUUUCGCGCGGGUCUGGAAAACAUGAAGAAUCGUCCCCCCAUCGACCUCGUUCCUCCCCCAAGCCAUCGACUCUUCGACCUUCUCCCUUUGACGACCGUUCUCGUUCGCCUAUGCGCACACCCAGUCGUCACUCUCAUUAUUCUAACCGUGGAAGUAGACCAGGGUCUAUGGAAUCAGAGCCUCUAAAUGACCCUAAAGCCACAAGAACUCUUUUUGUCGGUAGCUUAGAGCCCGAUAUCACAGAAUCCGAGGUUCGUGAGGCUUUUGAGCGAUAUGGAAUUGUUGAGCAGAUUGAUGUAAAGCAUCCCAGUUCUUCACACGCUUACGCUUUUGUUCGCUUUGCUAAUGUUGAUAUGGCAGUGGUGGCGAAGACCAAAAUGGGCGGGAAUUGUGUACGUUCCUAUCAUUGCAAGAUUGGCUACGGGAAACCCCUAAUUUCUAAUGUUCUGUACAUCAGCGGACUGGACAAUUGGCGAGAUGCUGAGGAAUUAGAAUGCUUUCUUAACCAAUUUGGAACUCUGGUAAAAUUGGACUGGCAGUUCAGACAGAACUUUGCGACGGCAGUGUUCCAAAACACCGAGGUGGCCGAGGAGGUUAACCAACAAUUGAAAGCGCUUGCUCUGCGCUAUCCAGAUCGCAGACUAAUGGUUGAUUUUAUUGAAGGUGACAUUCAGAAAGACGUAAUCUCUGCGCCUAGACAGUCCUCACUCAUCCCCCUUCCCUCAACUUUUACCAUUGUCCCCGAAUUCAUACCCUCUCUCCCCUUUCCGAAUCAAUUUGUUGCUGCUGCGUUUGAUCUCAUGCGUGGAUCAACAGGAAACAGUGAAAACAACACUUCUGUGUUUACAUCUUCUUCAACUGAUGAUGCACGACUGAGGCGACAAUCUCGGCCGAUUGAUUCCGCUCGGCAGCAGCGAUUAACCAUGGGCCCUCCAUCUCGGCGUUCGGUCCCAGCUUCUCGUUUUGGAGGCCGCGGUGCGUCACCGAUCGACAGUCUUCUCCGACCCGAUAUGACAGACCUUAGCGAUCCUGUUCUUUCUUCCAUCAUUACCAUGCCUGACUUGGAAGCAUUUCUCCGCCCUCACCUCUGGUUUGCUCGUCUGUACACCAAAAAGUCGGUGUUUCGGUUUAGGUGUCUUCAUGUUGUUGGUGAUGAAAAUCUGGCGAAGGAAUUGCCUCAAUCGCCCGCUUUUUCUUCUGAAGAGGUUCUACGCUUCCAAAUGACCCAUCAGGCGCGGACAGAGGCUUCGUGGAUGGCAGACGCAGUGGAACAGAUUAAUGCAGUUCUAGGCGACCCAUCCUCGUCACCACCCUUCUCCAUCCUUUUGGCGCUUCCAAACCAGGGGGACAAAGUUGAAGAUGAAAAGAUUGAGAAUGAAGAGGGAGAUCUGAAAACGAAGUUUGUGAAAAGGCCACUGACUUGUCUUGUUUCCUACUUGCGUUUGAAACAAAGAGCUGGAUUUCUCACUCCGUUUCCAACUGGGACUGUGGAUGGCGGCGAGAAGAAUGGAUUUCUUAAGUACACUCUACUUCUGCUUACACCAAGCAGUUUUUCUCUUAGCCUUUUAAAGUUUGCCGCGCCUAGGUUGUCUUCAGGACUGGCAUUUGUGGAUGACUUUUUGGUGCUUCUACUACUCCGAAACUGA